UCGGUGGCAGCUUUGCUCUGUUAUGGACAGUCAACUCGCCGGAUAGGGCUAAUACCUUCUUGGGUGGAAAUCCCGACAGUGAAAAUUAACCAGCGACUUGGGAGUUGAACUUUGUAUCCACCUGAAAUCAUCUGCGAGAAGAUGAUGUCGCUGUACUUGGAAAGUUAAUGUUUAAUUUCUGGGACUGAAAAGACUUCCAAGGUGGCGACAGACAAGGUUGCAGGCAAGCUGAGUUCUACUCUCUCAUGGGUGCGGAACUCGGUGUCUCACACGGUCAGUCAGAUGGCUAGCCAGGUGGCCUCGCCCUCGUCUCUGCCCGCCCCUCCGACCCCCUCCGCUCCGCCUCUCGGAUCUUCUUCCUCGUCCACGCCGUUGUCGUCGCCGGCGUUAACGCCGGCCUCGCCAACCCUCAGUCCCGACGAAGUGGAGCUGCUAGCCAAGCUCGAGGAGCAGAACAGGUUGCUGGAGACGGACAGUAAGUCCCUGCGCUCUGUGAAUGGCUCACGGAGGAACAGUGGCUCUUCGCUGGUGUCCAGCUCCUCUGCCUCCUCAAACCUGUCCCACUUGGAGGAGGACUCCUGGAUCCUAUGGGGCCGCAUCGUCAACGACUGGGAAGAAAUCCGCAAGAAGAAGGAGAAACAGCUGAAAGACCUGGUGCGUAAGGGCAUCCCUCACCACUUCCGGGCCAUCGUGUGGCAGCUGCUGUGCAGUGCCCAGAAUAUGCCCAUCAAGGACCAGUACUCGGAGCUGCUGAAGAUGUCGUCGCCCUGCGAGAAGCUGAUCCGCCGCGACAUCGCCCGCACCUACCCCGAGCACCAGUUCUUCAAGGAGAAGGACAGCCUGGGCCAGGAAGUCCUCUUCAACGUCAUGAAGGCGUACUCUCUGGUGGACCGCGAGGUGGGCUACUGCCAAGGCAGCGCAUUCAUCGUGGGUCUGCUGCUCAUGCAGAUGCCAGAGGAGGAGGCCUUCUGUGUGUUUGUGAAGCUGAUGCAGGACUACAGGCUGAGGGAGCUCUUCAAGCCCAGCAUGGCAGAGCUGGGCCUCUGCAUGUACCAGUUUGAGUGCAUGAUCCAAGAGCACCUCCCGGAGCUUCAUGUGCACUUCCAGGCCCAGAGCUUCCACACCUCCAUGUACGCCUCCUCCUGGUUCCUCACCAUCUUCCUCACCUCCUUCCCCCUGCCCGUCGCCACCAGGAUAUUCGACAUCUUCAUGUGUGAGGGUCUGGAGAUUGUGUUCCGUGUGGGUCUGGCUAUCCUGCAGAUGAACCAGGCCGAACUCAUCCAGCUGGACAUGGAGGGAAUGUUACAGCACUUUCAGAAGGUCAUUCCCCAUCAGCUGGAGAGUGGCCCUGAUAAAGUCAUCCAAGCUGCUUACCAAGUCAAGUACAACGCCAAGAAAAUGAAGAAGUUGGAGAAAGAGUACACUACCAUCAAAACUAAGGAGAUGGAGGAACAGGUGGAGAUUAAGAGGUUGCGAACUGAGAACCGGCUCCUGAAGCAGAGGAUCGACACCCUGGAGAAGGAGAGCGCUUCCUUGGCAGAUAGAUUGAUCCAGGGGCAGGUGACGCGAGCGCAAGAGGCGGAGGAGAACUACCUGGUCAAGCGGGAGCUGGCCACGGUCAAACAGCAGAGUGAGGAUGCCAACGCUCAGUUGGAGCAGGCCCACAACACCAUACGCCAGCUCCAGCAGCUCCACCAGCAGCAAGGGAAGGGGAACUGUCGUUACUCGGAGGACUUCAUCCUGCAGCUGGAGAGGGAGCUGGUUCAGGCCCGGCUCAAGGAGGCCGAGUCUCAGUGCGCCCUCAAGGAGAUGCAGGACAAGAUCCUGGACAUGGAGAGGAGGAACACCUCAUUGCCGGAGGAGAAUAAUGUGGUGCAGCUGCAGGAGGAGCUGAUCGGGGUGAAGCUGAGGGAGGCUGAGGCCCUGACUGGACUCAAGGAGCUCAGACAGCAGGUCCGAGACCUGGAGGACCACUGGCAGAGGCACUUGGCGAGGACGGCGGGCCGGUGGAAGGACAGCCCGAGGAAGAACACGGUGAGCGAGCUGCAGGACGAGCUGAUGAGCGUGCGGCUGAGGGAAGCCGAGGCCCAGGCCGAGCUCCGAGAGACACGCCAGAGGAUGCUAGAGUUUGAGACUCAGAACCAGAUCCAUAACAACCAGCUGCGGCGAGCCGAGAUGGAGUCCAGGAACCUCCAGGAGCGCCUCCAGAGCCUGACUGGCCAGAACAAGGACCUGCACUCCCAGCUGCAGGAGGACAAGCGCAAGCGGGCCGAGAUCGAGUGUAAGAAUAAAGAAGAGGUGAUGGCUGUGAGGUUGCGAGAGGCGGACAACAUCGCGGCCAUGGCUGAACUCCAGCAGCACAUCUCUGAACUGGAGAUUCAGAAAGAGGAGGGGAAAGUUCAAGGACAUCUGAACAACACAGACUCAAACCAGUACAUCCAUGACCUGAAGGACCAGAUCGCAGAGCUGAAACAUGAGGUCCGGUGUUUGAAAGGCCAGAGGGGUUUGCCCAGCCAGCCCAGUUUUGACGGCAUCCACAUUGUGAAUCACUACGGCGACACCGAGUCCUAUCACUCCUCAGACGACGACGCCGCCGCGGCCAAGCUGUCCAUCCCCCAGACAGGAGGCGACGGCGACGCCAGCGGCGGCAUAGGAGGGCGCAUCACGCUGCACGCCGACCUGGGGGACACGGACAGCGACGAGGACAACGAGGCCUUGCGCCUCCAACUCCCCACAAACGGCAGCCAUAAGACCACCACAGUGUGAUUUCUACACCCCCACCACACCUCAGCCCUCCCCAGCUCAGCGCCCAUCUCCUCCUGCCCCCCACCCCCCCCCCCACCAUCCAGUCAUCUAUCAGAUGAUCACUACCACAUGACAGAGGACCUCGGCUCAGACUCGGGAGUCCAGGGGAGAGGAGGGGAGAAGAAGUCUGGAAAGGGGAGCACCAGGAUGAGCCAUCCAGAGCAAGACUUGGACCAGCAGCCUCUUCUGUGUUUCUGAAAGCCAUGCAGGUUCCUGUGGCGGCUUUGUUACACAUCUGCCUUAUAUCACUGUUUGUUUGUUUGUUUGUUUGUUUGUUUGUUUGUUUGUUUGUUUGUUUUGGCAGUUUGGAUGUCUUGCCAAAAUCCAUAAGAUCAUGGAGUUGGUACCUGUUAGCACAUCCCCUUGGCUGGAUGGGUGGACGUUCUCCCCUUGGUGGACUGACUCAACACUAGUAGAGAUAUUCUGAAUGAGAAGACAUCAUUGGAUGCAUCCACUAUCAUCAACAGGCCUUCUGGGCUCUCAGGCCUCAAAGAUUUCAGACAGGGAUUCAGUCAGGCACACACAAUGUCUGAUUGGGUCCCUUUUUGUGUAAUGUUGUGUUUUAUGCUCUAAUGAGAAAAACAACACCUGAUCAUUGUUUUUGUUUUUUUAUCGCCUUCAGUUUUUAAAACGCGGUAAGGCCCACAGAGCUUAGUAGUAGUUUAAAAGGAUUCUUGAAAAAAGUGAAAAAAAAGAAGGAAAAAAAAAAAAAACAUUUACACUAUCCUCUUGUUAAGGUGGAGUUUUCCCCCAAAACGAGGAAAGUCCAUUGACACAAGCAGUGUGGUAAUUGCCACAGACUCAAGGAAGCCUGAUGCUCUCAUUGGCGCCACCACACACGAUCAUGCAACCUAUGGUUUGACCCUCUCAGUGGACACAGGACGGCCAUGAAGCAUCUUUGUAUAUAUGUACAUGUUCAUGUUCAUGUUCAUGGGUUAACGUUUGUGUCUUCGUAUCGACUUGAAAAUUGUGUUAUCUUGUGGACUGCUGAAGAUCUGCCAUGCGACUUGUUGUGUAGUUCAUUGACAAAAAAAAGGGACAUAUCACUCACUGGAGACACUCUCCAGCCCCCCACAGGUUUUUAUCAGCUUUUGGCACAUCCUGGUUUCUUUUUCUGCUUCACAUAAUGUCUGUACUGUAUUUUUCUCUGGUUUCAGUAAGGAUGUUUUAUUUCAGCAUGGUGUUAAUAGAGCAUGUUACGCAUUUAAGACAAGUGUCACAUUGUUGGGAGAUGAUUUAUUUUCAGUGUAUUGUGUGAUUUGUUUAUCUUUUGGUUUUGUUUGUUGUUUAUUUGUUUAUUUGUUUGUUUGUUUGAAGCAGACACGCUCUCAAAAAUAAUCUUUAAAUCAGCAAUGCAAAUGAAGGGAAUGUGACCAGAAAGCUUUGAAAUAACUACAUCGAUCGUGGUAUUGGAGAAACUAAACGGAUGAAUUCUUUGCACAUUUGCACAUAAGCCUCACAGCAGUCAAGGGAACAUAUUGCUGCAGUGGAAACGGUGUGCAUCAUCUGAACGCAGAGGUGAACGGAAAGAUAGAAGCAUUUCACUCUUCCUUUGCGAUACUAAAACCUCACCAGACCCACAUCACCUGGCCUAAGUCUGCCAAGGUGAACAAGAGGUCAAAAGCCCUACUCAUGCACCCACCCACCCAGUCACACACUCUGUCCUGUCAUGCUUGGGGUACAUUUGGCAUCUAAGCCUCCCCACUGAUACACAAACUUGCUUAAUAAGCAGGUAAAAUAAGCACAUUACCCAAUGUGCUAGGUAAUGUGACCGUGUAUAGUGGCAUUUCAGGAUAAAUGUGUUUUCCUAUAUUUUUUUUCUCUCUUUCAAACAAGAAAAUCAAUAUAAAUUGGCAUUAACUCCACAGAGAUAUCAUGUUGAGUUGUUCCUCAUGUCAGCAAAAGAAAACACUAAGAACUAUUGAUCUCCAACGUUGUGCGACUGAGGUCCAAGAAGACACUGCAACGAUCCCAAAGCGACUAAACCUAUGUUUGAUGAUUUUCAAGGAGUCUCAAUCUCCUAAUGUUUGUCGGACGAUUGUUCUCUCCUAUGGACGACACGAAUUAGCACGGACAGAAUGGAACGCAUGACAGCCAAUGAACACUAGAUUUAUUUGUGUAAUUACUCAUGAUGUGCUCAAAGGACAAUGGCAAUAGCUCACUAAAUAAAUCGUGUGAUGAAUGAAUUUUAUCACCCGGUCAUUUACAGUAGAUCUACACAGCAAUGGCACCACAAAUGGACAAUAAAAGGCUUCGUCUCUUGAAAUCA